GUUCUACAGAAAAGUUAAGUGUGUAUUAUUUCGGCAAACGAUACCGAAGCGGACGCCUAUUUCCUUACCUACCUCGGAAGUGGCAGUGUUCGGUUGAUUCAAGUGCGAGUGCUGUGAGUUUAUGAAAAACACUAGAAACCAUGGCCUCUGAGAUCAACGAACGUCCUGCUUUUAGGAUAUCGGAUGUGGAGGAACUUAUACGUCAGACUGGAAUGGAUACCUCCGAUACUGGCGGAAAAAUAGUGGAUUACUUCAAGAAUAAACGAGCAGCGCUACAAAGUAGAGGACGCCUCUACGACGGCUCGGACAAUCCCAUCAACUUUAGGUUGGAUAACUUGAAACCAGUUCAGCUAUCACAACCCACCACCACCAGCCAGCCGACCGAAUCAUCACCCGUGCAAAGUUCGAAUGAUACAGAGGAGGCCAGCAUCGCACUAGUUAAACCGCUUUCUGAACUGUCUGUGGUGGAAAACAGAUUAUCAUCGUUUGUUAGUCCCGGUCCUGUGGUGGCUAUUUCCCCGGUACAAAUUCCACAAAAAUCACACACAAACGCCAUAUCCAGUCCUUCUGGUAGAAGCACAGUACAUAAAAGCCCGUUGGUUUCAAAUACAAAUUUACUCAGCGGUACGACGAAUCUUCAAAAGCAACUGUUGUUACAGCAAUAUCAACGAAAAAAUCAAAUGAAAUGCGAAACUAUUCGAAGUGCCUCUCAGCUGGUAUCGAGUACACCCAUUUUAGGUCGAGAAGCUUCGAAUCAAAGGGGCGAUAAUUUGCUGGACAUCAGAGAAACUAUCUCUCCUAUCCAUGAAGACCAAGAACAUGGUACACCACAACGGGUACUGCGAUCGCCAACUGCAGAACGACAACGCAUAGCUCCGAGGCCGUCCACUCCGAGUGUUCGGUCCAUAAAUACACCGGUACCCGCUACCCAGGAUGUGCCGGACGGAAUGAAUCAUGAUUACCGCGAAAACACUCCUCCGCGGGAUGAGAACUACAUAACUGUACCGGAAACACCUAGCCCCGUGCGCCGAUCACCUCGGCAACCCAGCACACCCUUGAGUGGUCUAUCGUUGCAGCGUCGUUCACAUUUACAUGCUCCAUUAUUGGCGAAAUUUGUCUCGGGCCAAGGUAGACCGACAGAGAGUGGUAUUCGGAGCCCAUCUUCUACACCAUCACAGAGGAGCAUUCUGAAGAAUCCGGAAAGAAGUUCUUCUGCUGUAAGAAAUCGAGUCAGUUUUUCUGAAAAAUUGUUUACAGUUCGUUCAUUGACACCAGUUAGACAGUUGGAUGAGUUGGAGAUUACGUCGGAUGAAAGCGAGGAUCAAGAAGCGGAAAAGGACAAAUCGAUUAGAAAAAAGGUAUCGCUUAGUAGAAUGAAACAAUCGAACGGUAUUUCGAAGCUUCGAGCAUCCCGCAGUUUGUGCGAUAUGGAAACGGAUCAGAUAACAUCAAAUUCACCUAAAUCACCCGAAAUCGCUGCUAAACAGGUUGCAAAUAAUAAUGCGCUAGCCAACUCGAACGAGACAAAUGUCCGAAAUGAGGAACGGAACGUUCAUCGUUCUCGGCAGCUGUUUGGAAAUAGACGAUCAAACGCAAUCGAACGCAUUGAAGAAUCCUUGCCAGCUUCACCGGAUGCGAUCGGAAGGUGUGAUAAUCGUACUAAUGGAAAUGUGAUUAAUAUGAUUUUGGACGAUUGGAACGAAGAAACUACAAAACGUAUGGAAGUGGAGGCAUCGGUUGAGAACCCUGUUCCUCAACUAGCGAAUGAAACAGUCAAUAAAUCCGUUGCAAUUACUAACAUCGAGACACCGCGCACGGUUAUGAUGGAUAUCUUUGAUCCGCCUUCGGCAUUUUGUGAUGAUAGUGAGCAAGGUGAUCAGAAUUCGUCCCAAAAUGACCACACAGCGGAGCAUAUGAGUUCGGAAGCACCGGGAUUAGAUCGCGGAACGGAUUCAUCGCGUAAGCGAAAACAGGACAGCCUCUCCCGGCGAGAUUCGAUUCAUGCCGACGUUGAACCCGACGUUGGCUUGAAUCCUAAUGCGCCCGUGUUGCCUAAAAGAAGUGUUCUACCGGUAGAGCGUAUCGUAAGUGUGGAUUCUCCGAACGACCGUGUACCGAUGGAUAUGAUAGAAGUGGUAGAUAUGAUUCAUAGCCGUGCCAAUUCCGAGAUGAUGGCAACUGAUGCGGAAAACGAUCGGCGGACCACGUUAAAUAUACCACAGAAGCGUCGCUGUACCAAAUUGAAGGCGGAUGUUACUACAGAAAUGUACAUGAAAUCUAUUCAAAAGCCUGGUUUGCAAGACGAGACAAAGGCGAAAAAGAGUAAAAAUCGCCGUAAAUUGUUCGUACUAGAAAUGAUGGAGGGACAGGAUGGUAAUAGCGAUGGUGAUGAGCCGCAACCGUUGCCAGCAACGCAAGAGGUCGUCGCUGUUCCGGCACAACAAGAACAGGAUCACGGUUGUGUGACGAAGCCGUUGGCAAUUCUAGUGCAACGCCUUUCGGCUAAUACGCUUACCAUGGCUACAAAGGCAACCCCGAUAUUACGGAAUGCAGAGAUAACAGAAAUUAAUGAACAACACCAUAAGCCCGUCGAAUCUCCUAUCAAAGAAAAGCAAAACGAAGAGCAGAACGAAAAGGAAGGACGUUCGAAGAUCGCCCAUGGGAAAACGCCGGCCGUUGACGACAGCGAGCAUCGUGUUGUGGAAGCUGACAAGGGCGCUAAACAAAAGACGAAGCAGCGUGUAAGGAAGAACAAGAGGAAACCGCAGACCAACGGUAUGGAUAAGUCAAAUUUAAUGAUGGAUAAAUUUUUGAAGAAUGUGUCGAACGAAAUUCGACACCAAAUUGAAAGCGAAAACGGUCCCCGCCGAAGCCAUCGUAAUAGACGGUUAGCUGCAGAGGUGCUGCGUAACAAUCCGGACAUUUCUCUUCAUGAUGCACCGAAGUAUGUGAUGCCUACCAUAAAAGAUGUGCUGAAGUAUUGCCAACUAACAGACGUGACCGGCACCAGAGCUAAGAAAAAAACCACAUCUUCCAACGCGGCUGAUAAGAAAAAGGACGUGAAAAGCCAAAAGGUUGUCCCUGUGGCGACAUCCAGCGGGACAAGCAAUGAGUUAGGGACCAAUAUCGAACGGGGCAGGGGCAGGGGCAGGCCAAGGAAAAUUAAAGCUCAGAAAGAAAAGUUUGAUAGUGAUGGAUUUCGCGUACCUGACGUUCCACCCUCCGAUGGGAUGCCGAAAACAUCAUCUACAGUGGCUUGCAAACCGGCGGAUCACUUCACAGAAACAAUAUGUUCGUCCACUUCGGGCCUACCGCAGGGUGAAUCUAUCGAUUCGGGGCUAUCAUCAGCGGCCAUGAUGAGCGAUGAUGCAACACCACAACCCGUGCAACGGCCAUCAUCGAAAACGUCCUCGAAGCCGAAGAAAACCCCGAUUGAAGAUGCCGCUCCGUCGGGAUCGUCUGCAGCGUCCGCAUCCAAUGAAAUACUGGCGGAAAAGCGUAAAACCCUCGACUGGAUGAUGAUGCUGAUGGAAAACCGACAGAAUCGACCCGUAGCAUUACCGACGGUAGAAAUCCAAGGCUUUACGCAUCUGUCACUGGAGCACCUGGCAUUCGAGGAGCGCGAUGGCAUCGAGUAUUCGUUCUACGUCUACUCCAAUGGAGACAACUUUGGCUUUUUACGAUUUCCGCCCAAAGCGGAAAAGAAAACCACACGUACAAAGCGUUGUUCACUGAAAUUUCUCAUCCUUAGCGGAUCGUUAAAAUUCAUCAUUAACGAAAAUCUGGUAAAUGGUGUUGGGGGUGACUUUUUGAUGAUACCAUCCAGCUCAUCUUACCGCAUCAUCAAUGGCACAGAAACGACGCUCAUGUUUAUGAUAAAAACAAGUGUUUCGAACCAAACUGGGCGUGAAAACGGUGGCUGAGAAGAAAAAAACAUACGGUUUUUUUUGCAUUUCAUUUAUAGUUUUGUUAUAUAGGCAAAAUAUGUUCGAAUCCGUAAGAUCUUUUUACAGCGGAAUGUUUGAUAGGUCAGGACUGUAAGGUGCUAGUGUUGUGUUGAUAAGAACCAAAUAGCAUUAGAACAUACAAUAUGAGUGUAACUAUCACUCGUAUAACAUGUUGGUCCACUGUAUGUAGGUUGCAUGGGGAGAAUAAUGUUUUCGUUUUAUUUGUUUUUUCUUCUUAUGUCUACGAUUUAAUAAAUUGCAUUUAAAUAAAUAA